UGCAGGGGGGAAGCGGGAGUCACUGUAGGACACGCGUGUAUACAUCAGACAAUCCGGAGCGCAGAGCGCAGUGAGGCGAGGAUGUACGAGGAGAACUUGACUCUGCACAGACCCCGUUAUGGAUCCAUUGUGGAUGAUGAAAGACUCUCUGCGGAGGAAAUGGAUGAAAGGAGGCAUCAGAAUAUUGCCUAUGAAUAUUUAUGUCACCUAGAAGAAGCCAAACAAUGGAUGGAAGCCUGUCUACAUGAAGAAUUACCCCCUACCACGGAGCUUGAAGAAGGACUGAGAAAUGGAGUCUAUCUUCUGAAACUUGCAAAGUUCUUUGCUCCUAAAUUGGUGUCUGACAGAAAGAUCUAUGACAUUGAACAAACAAGAUUCAAGCGUUCUGGACUACAUUUUCGGCACACGGACAAUACAGUGCAGUGGCUCAGAGCGAUGGAGUCGGUUGGAUUACCCAAGAUCUUUUAUCCUGAGACAACAGAUGUUUACGAUCGAAAAAAUAUGCCUCGGGUGAUCUACUGCAUACAUGCAUUAAGUCUGUAUCUGUUCAAACUCGGAAUAGCACCACAAAUUCAAGACUUGCUGGGAAAGGUGGAUUUCACAGAGGAGGAAAUAAGUAAUAUGCGUAAGGAAUUAGAGAAGUAUGGCAUUCAGAUGCCUGCAUUCAGUAAAAUUGGUGGAAUUCUGGCAAAUGAACUUUCAGUUGAUGAAGCUACCUUGCAUGCUGCAGUAAUUGCAAUCAAUGAAGCAAUAGCUCGAGGAGUUGCAGAGGAGACCAUAAAGACUUUAAUGAAUCCAAAUGCUGUUUUAACUAAUAUAGAAAAUACUUCAGCUUGGGAUUACCAAGAGAAGUUAUUUCGGGCCAAGCAAACAAAGCAGGAGAGUGCCAAAAGUAAGAGUGAUACUAUUAAAGCAGAAGAGAGAGACAUGUAUGAGGAGCUUCUGACCCGUAAGGAGAUUCAAGACAAUGUUGAUGAAGUCAAUGUAAAUAAAGCUCUACAGAAGGUGAAUGAAGCCCUAGAGAAACGUGAUCAGGGCAAUUUACUGGCUGGUCUGCAGAUCCCUGCACUAAGACUUGUGGGAGUGCAGCAAGAGAAUUUGUCAUGGUAUCUAACACAUCUGUGUGAUCACAAAGAACAAAAGUUACAGGGGGAGAAUUUUCCUGGUAUGCUUAGCAAGGAUGAUCUUCAAGCAGGAGUUAGCUUUUCCAAUGAACAGGCUGAAGCCCAUAAAUUUAAGCUUGAAGCUGUUGAAAAGAUAAAUACUGCUAUCCGCAAUGGUGAUGCAGCUCAGACAGUGAAAGCAUUAAUGGUACCAGAGGCUCAGCUGCCUGCAAUGUACUCGCACAUGGCUGACUUGUACCAGGUAGAACUAUCCAACCUGCAGAAACAAAAUCCUGAGGGGAAACUGACUCAUGAAGAGCUUGCUAUUGCGGUGGAGAUGUUGUCAGCAGUGGCUGCACUGAAUGAAGCAUUGACAAUGAAUGAUGUUCAUGCCGUAUUACAGAACCUCACUAGCUCCUCUAUUGGAGUUAGCAAACUGCAUGAUGCAAACACACAGCGAUAUGUGAACAUGCUGGUACUAAUGAAGGCAGAAGCUACAGACCAAGGACAGCAUUACUUAAGCUGGAAUGACAUUCAGAGCUGUAUUGAAGAAGUCAAUUUGCAGGUUAAUGAAGAAAGUGAAAAGGUCAUCGCAGCUGAGCUUAUCAAUGAUAUAAUUGAUAAGGAAGAUCCCAGUAAAACACUGGAAGCAUUAUUGAUGCCAACUGCUAAAUUACAGGAAGUGAAGUCCUCAACAGCAUUCCAUUAUCAAGAUGUUCUAUGGCACACUAAGCGACAGAAGCGUAAGGUGUCUCAGGAUGACUCAGCAGUGUUGUGGUUGGAUGAGAUCCAGGAAGCAAUCAUUUCAGCAAAUAAGGACACUGAUGAAGCUCAUUGCUUGGCUGUUGCAAUAAGUGAAGUUAACUCAGCAAUUGAGAAGGGUGACUCACAGCUAAUAUUGACUACACUACAGCCUUCCAACAUAACCAUGAGAGGAGUGCUACCAGAAUGUGCUGAUACUUAUCAAAAUGAGCUCUCUGAAGCAAAAAAGCAAAAGACUGGAAAUGAACCAAAUGGAAGUGUGUGGGUUAUGCUCAAGAUAAAAGACAAAUAUGAAUACUACUACAAUUUGGAAACUACUGAGGGCACAUGGGACAAACCAGAACAUUUUGUACAGAACAACACUCAGCUCAGUAGAGAAGAAAUUCAGGAUAUUACUGGCCGAGUAACAGGCGAUUACCACCGUGAGCAGCUCUGGUUAGCGAAUGAGAAUAAGAUCAUUUGUCUGCAGGCACGCGCAAGAGGAUACCUUGUAAGAAAAGCUUAUAAAGAACGAAUGAACUACCUCCACAAACAGGAGCCUUCUAUCAUCAGGCUACAGUCUUCUUGGAAAGGAUAUAAACGGAGGAAGGCUUACAAGGACAGGCUAAUGCUCUUGCAAAAUAAUGUUGCCGCUAUUACUAAGAUCCAGUCUUUUGUGAAGAUGUGGAAGGCGAGAAAAGCAUAUCGUGCUAGAUGUCAGUAUUUCAAAGACCAUACAAAGGAAAUAAUUAAAAUCCAGGCAUUCCUCAGAGCAAAUAAAGCUAAAGAUGACUACAAAACCCUGAUCAGUGCAGGAGAGCCCCCAUUGAAUGUUGUGCGUAAAUUUGUUCACCUGCUGGAUCACAGUGACCUGGACUUUCAAGAGGAGCUGGAAGUUACAAGGAUGAGGGAAGAAGUUGUCACCAAAAUCCGAUCCAAUCAGCAACUCGAGAAGGAUCUCAACCUGAUGGACAUUAAAAUUGGGCUUCUGGUGAAAAACAGGAUAACGCUACAGGAUGUGAUUUCCCACAGCAAGAAAAUGGAUAAGAAGAACAAGGGCCAGGCUGUGGAAGUAAUUUCGAGUGACAAGCAAGGGCUAAAAUCACUCAGCAAAGAAAAUAGGAAAAAACUGGAAGCAUAUCAGCAUCUUUUCUACUUGCUUCAGACAAAUCCAACCUAUUUGGCCAAAUUGAUCUUCCAGAUGCCUCAAAACAAAUCAACUAAAUUUAUGGAUACUGUCAUCUUCUCCUUGUACAACUAUGCAUCAAACCAGAGAGAAGAAUAUCUGCUGCUAAAACUCUUUAAAACUGCAUUGGAGGAGGAAAUCAAGUCUAAAGUGGACCAGGUUCAAGAGAUCGUCACUGGAAAUCCCACAGUCAUUAAGAUGGUGGUCACCUUUAACCGUGGUGCACGUGGACAGAAUGCACUCAGACAGUUGCUUUCUCCUGUAGUGAAAGAAAUUAUGGAGGAUAAAACACUCACUAUAAAUACAAGUCCAGUAGAAGUGUACAAGACAUGGGUGAAUCAGAUGGAGAUGCAAACUGGUGAAGCCAGUAAACUGCCAUAUGAUGUAACAACAGAGCAGGCCUUGUCACAUACAGAAGUGAAGACAAGACUGGAAACCUCCAUGCACAACCUGCAGGCCGUCACUGAUAAAGUUCUCAUGUCAAUUAGCACAUCUUUGGAUACCAUUCCUUAUGGAAUGAGGUACAUAGCCAAAGUUCUGAAGAACUCGCUUCAUGAGAAAUUUCCUGAUUCCACUGAAGAUGAACUGCUAAAGAUUGUAGGCAACCUUCUUUACUAUCGCUACAUGAACCCAGCUAUUGUUGCUCCUGAUGGAUUUGAUAUCAUUGACAUGACUGCUGGUGGUCAGCUCCAUCCUGAUCAACGGCGGAACUUAGGCUCAGUGGCAAAAGUCCUACAACACGCUGCUUCAAACAAGCUGUUCGAAGGAGAAAACGCACAAUUGUCAUCUAUGAAUAGCUAUUUAUCACAGACUUACCAGAAAUUCAGGAAUUUUUUCCAGUCAGCCUGUGAUGUACCAGAACCAGAAGAAAAAUUUAAUAUUGAUGAAUACUCUGACAUGGUGACAUUAAGCAAACCGGUUAUUUACAUCUCCAUUGAAGAAAUUAUAAACACUCACUCGCUGCUGUUAGAGCACCGGGAAGCUAUUUCACCAGAUCAUAAUGACCUAUUACAUGAGCUCCUGGAAGGAUUGGGAAGUGUACCUGAUGUUGAAACUCUGAUCGGGGAGGGGGCUGUUGACCCAAAUGACCCCAACAAAGAAAAUGUACUUUCUCAACUUGCAAAAACAGGAGUCUCACUCACUCUGACCAGCAAGAUUGAGUUGCGAGACGGGGAUGACAGAGACAUGAAGACUUUGAUGAUAAAGACCAAACAGUUGAUUGUGGAUGUGAUCAGAACUCAGUCAGGAGAAACGUUGACUGAAAUUUUGGACACACCGGCCUCCUCACAACAGGAAGCCAAUCACUUGAAGGUGGUUGAGAAGCGUGCUCUACUGGAUUCCAAAGUUCCUGACAAAAUGAAACAUAGUCAGUCUAUGCUCGAAGAUGGGCAACUCCCAAUUGAACAGAAAAAAAGGAAAAUCCAGAGGAACCUUCGGACACUAGAACAGGCUGGCCUGGUCUCAUCAUCAAAUAAAUACCAAGAGCUAAUAAAUGACAUUGCAAAGGAUAUUCGGAACCAGCGAAGGUAUCGACAGCGUCGCAAGGCUGAACUUGUGAAGUUGCAGCAGACAUUGAGUGCACUUAAUUCCAAGGCCAAGUUUUACGAAGAACAGAAUAAUUAUUACAAUACCUAUAUUAAAACCUGCCUGGACAACUUAACAAGAAAAUGGUCAGAUUAUGAAGGCUUUUCUUGGGUAAAUUUCAGGAAUGCCCGGCGAUCAAUAAAGUUAGAUGGAAAAGGAGAAGAAAAGGGUAACAAAAAAAUGAAACAGUCGACUUUGCGCUACACAGCAGCUCGCCUGCAUGAAAAAGGUGUUAUUCUGGAAAUUGAAGGACUUCAAUCCAACCAGUUUAAGAAUGUCCUCUUUGACAUCACACCAAGCGAGGAAGUGGGAGACUUUGAAGUCAAGGCCAAGUUCAUGGGGGUAGAGAUGGAAAAAGUACAACUUCAUUUUCAGGACCUGCUGGAGCUACAGUAUGAAGGUGUGACCGUCAUGAAGAUGUUUGGCAAGGCCAAAGUCAACGUAAAUCUGCUAGUUUUCCUACUGAAUAAAAAAUUCUAUGGAAAGUGAACCAUCAAUAUUGGCAGUCCUGACAGUUGAAUUCAUACUAAAAUCUUUCCUCCUCAUCAAUUAAGCAAAUGUUAAGUUCACAAGCAAUCGCAGGAUCACAGUGAUAUUUGAAAUAUCAAUUGUAUUGCUUUUUUUUAAGGAAAACAUAUCACAGUAUUGGACCAAAACUGAUCUCUGCCAUUGUAUUUUCUGCAUAUGAACCAAACCGCCUUUGUGUUUUCAACAGUCCUCAGCUUAGAUUUCUAAUUUUGAAAAGCUGAUACAGAAAAAUAUUGUAUCAGAGAAUGGGUGCAUGUGGAUCAUUUGCUGUUGAGUUUCUUUGUUUUAUUUAACACUGCACUUAAUUGGAUUUCUAAAAAAGUAUUAAAUACAUUAAGCCCAGUUUAAAAUUCUCUUAGCUGUAGAACUACUGCAGAUGCAUAAUACAUUUCCCAGUCGAGGGUUCAUUUCUAUUCCUAGUGAUUUUAACAUAAUAACAGCCCAGUUUCCUGUCUCUUGAUCAUGCCUUCGAUUAUAGGUUUGCUGAUAGUCAGGCUGCACACGGCUUUUUCUAAUUUUCACAAACUAAUGUCAAAAUAAUGAUAAAAGUAGCAAUCUAUUUGAAAAAGAAAAAUCUGGAAUUUAAACAAUAAUGCCUCUUCAAAAAACAACUUCGGUCUAACAAGAUUCCAUUUUCAAAGUGACUUUUGCUACUUUGUGAUUUAACUUUUAAAGGCUGUUUGUGGUUUAAUCAGGGCAGAAGCAGCACAUUAACACAAUAAAAUUAUGAAUACAAAGCCAACAGAAAAAUCCUACUUAGAUCCUGCUUGAUGAUUUUGGCUAUAACUUCUGCCUGUUGCUUCGCUUGUAGCUGAGCAUUACUGAUAAAAUGCCACCUUGCCUCUAAGGGUCUAAGAAUCUUUUCAAGUUUGAUUUUGUUUUUGUUAGGUUCACAUUGAAGGAAAUGCCUUAAUCCAAAUGUAAACUCUGUAGGAUGCAAGAUGUAAAGCUGCAUCACUAGUGUUUCAGUUGGAAAUUUUUGAUGCUUCAUGAUUCAAGUUGUGCUUUCGUUCAGUGACAAUACCAGAGUCUCUUGAUUCAUAUAACCAUGUGCAUAUCUGCAAUACAUUUGUCCACAAUAUCCGUACAUUUCUGGUGUGCCUCUAACAUAAAAGCUAUAUUACAGAGAAAUUCAGGAAAAAUAUCUGUCCGAGUAACUCAGGUCUAAGUUGAAACCUAAAUAUGCUGCUCACUAAGAAGAAAUCAAUACUUACAAUUGAGUUGUGCAUUACAAACCUUUAAAUAAUGCUGUCCAAUGAAUUAAAUGAAUCACCUGACUACCCCAAAAUCCUUUACAGUGUUCAUAACAAUAAAUUGUCUUAACCAGCAAUUAAUUCCAUACACCUUUCACAGCAAUAAUUCCUUAUGACUUUCAAAGUGAGUAUUCUAAAUAGGGGUUCCAUGAAGCUCCCAUUUGUUACAUGCAUAUCAGUUUGAAAAUUUGCUUGUGAUUGCCCAAUAAUAAAGUAUACAAUAUAGGUACAAAUCAAAUUCUAUAACCUUUUAAUGUUUAUCUUUAAUCUGAUGGUUUAACUUUUCUGUUAUCAGUGCAGACAUAGCUUUAUGCGCUGGUGUAAUUGAGCAGGUUACAGAAGAACUAGAAAUGUAGAAUUUAAAAUUACACUUGCCAUUCGUGAAUUUUAGUCGUGAUUUAGAAACAAAUUUAUGGGACCCUAUAAUUCUGAUUAUUGAUUCUUAAAAUAAAAAUAAUAGAACAAUGUGGCUUCAAUUUCUGUUACUAAGGCAAGGCAGCAUUGAUCUGACCUCCAAGCACAAGUGUUUCCAAUGUUGCUUAUUUAGUUUAAGAAUAAUUAAAAUUAAUCAUUUAUUUAAAUAGUUGGCUUUAAAUGCAGUGUACAAUUCCAGUUAUGAAAACAUUCCAUUUUAAAUAUUCAAUGUAAAAAGUUAAAAUAUUAUGAUUUAUACAUUACGAGAUAAUAAAUAUGCACUACUGCCUAAUGGCCAAAAAUAUAUUUCCAGCCAAUGUGUGCUACCUGUAGAAUGGUAAUAAAGUAAUGAUUUGGCUCUAGUGAUUGAUUUAUUUACGUCAGUUCAAACCAACAGUUUGUGCCUUUUGUAUGUAAACUGCUCUGUCCCCCAGUGUUGGCUAUUUAUAGCUAUUCUUUUAAAACCAAAAUAUUGGAAUCUUGUUUGACAACAUUGAUUUUUCAAUAGUUGUCUGCCUUGUCAAAUUGUGUAAAAUAAAUCUACCUAAAGAGUUUCAAUUCUGUUGAUUUUGUUUUCUUCCAAUGUGAACAUGCGGCCUCAUUGUGAUGAUUUUUAUUAGAUUUGUGGUUUUUGCUUAUUAGCAUAAAGCUUCUCCCAUAAAUAUCUUCUGAUUUUAAAAAAAAUUAAUUUCCUUUGUUUUUAAUCAAAUUGUGGUCAUGUGUAAGCUGUGUUAAAACUCUCAGUUGGAGCCACACAAUAUGUUUCCCAAUUUCCAGCUUCUCGAGGCCUAACUUUAAAUCUAAUAUCAAACUAAAGCAGAUAAUUACAGUUCUGAUGCAAGUGGUUUGCACCCCAACAGGUUAAUAAAUGAAAGCUGAUAGUAGCAACCAUUUUGUGGUUCCAUACAUAUGAUUAACUAGUGGAAGUGAAUUUCCUUUCUCUUGUACCUGAUGCCAUCACUUCUUUGUCCUAAUGAAUAUUAUGUUGUGGAGAUUCAUCUAAAGAAAAUAUAUGUUGUAAUUUUAUAGUAAUUAAAAAAGAACAUGCUUCUUC